AUCCAACGUCUCCAAAUAAGAAACUCAAAAAUAAAGUCGGUUCAUUUAUCAUUCCCAUCCCCCUCUCUCUCUCCUACUCCCGGUCUUCGCUGUUUUCACUACCAUACAUAAUCGUGGAGUUGACUCGGCUGUUAAGAUGACGGAUCCUCCACGUUUAAACGAUCCGUUUCUUCUCCGAUACGAUGAAUCGGAACUCGAAAUUGCGUCGGAGUUUCUAUCAAAUUGGUUACCCUUUCUGUCACGAGACCUUUGUCAGAACUGUACUCAUAAUCUUUCUCGUCGUAUCCGCUCCCUCACUCCUCAACAUGAUAACAAGGGACCUUCCAAUUCGGGAGAUCAUUCGGCAGUUUUGAUGCCGGAUAAAGAAGAUAGUGAUUUUGAUAAGUGUGAUACUCAUUCGUUAGGGAGUUGGAAAGAUGAGGCAGAAACAAAUUCAUAUGGUACCAAUGUGUGCUCAGAAUCAGUCCUUGAUGCUUCCCCUAGUGAAGUGUGCAGUAAUUCUGCAUCUAUUGUAGUUGAAACUCCCAAAGUUCGUAUGUCGUGGGCCGACAUGACUCAAGAGGAUGAACUUGAAGGAGAUGGAGAUGCACUCGGUGAGGCGGCCAGAAAGAAAACAGAGUUAUCUCGGGAUCAAAGAGAGUAUUUAAGGUUUAUGAAUGUUAGAAGGAAGAAGGAUUUUAUAUGCCUUGAGAGGAUUGAUGGAAAGUUCAAGAAUAUUCUUCAAGGGCUUGAGCUGCAUACAGGUGUAUUCAGCGCUGUGGAACAGAAAAGGAUUGUUGAUUGUGUGUACGAACUCGAAGAAAAGGGAAAGAAAGGGGAGCUGAAAGAGCGCACUUACACAGCACCCAGGAAGUGGAUGAAGGGUAAAGGACGUGUGACUAUUCAAUUUGGUUGCUGUUAUAAUUAUGCUACUGAUAAAAAUGGUAACCCACCAGGUAUUCUUAAGCGUGAAGAAGUAGAUCCUCUACCUCCUCUUUUCAAGGUGAUAGUCAAGAGGCUGAUCAGAUGGCACGUUCUUCCGCCAACAUGUGUUCCUGAUAGCUGCAUUGUCAACAUCUAUGACGCAGGAGACUGCAUACCUCCACAUAUUGAUAAUCAUGAUUUUGUUCGGCCAUUCUGCACUAUAUCUUUCCUCAGUGUGUGCAAUAUAGUAUUUGGAACAGACUUGAAAAUCGUGGGCCCUGGAGAAUUUACCGGCUCUAUGGCAAUCCCCUUGCCUGUAGGAUCGGUUUUGGUGUUAAAUGGAAAUGGAGCUGAUGUUGCUAAACAUUGUGUCCCUGCAGUUCCAUCUAAGAGGAUAUCUAUUACUUUCCGAAGAAUGGAUGAAUCAAAGCGGCCGGUGUAUUAUGCUCCCGAACCAGAAUUUGUAGGGCUUGAACCCUUGUGUUAUGAUGAGGAAGGUGGAAAGAAGUCCCCAUCACCAAGAAAUAUGGGCAGGCAAGGGACAAGAGGUGGGUUCAGGUCAGAAAGGAAGAAAGAUGAAGAGCCUCGGUAUUCAGGCCGGUAUCGACCUUCCACGAGGGCUCCAAGAACUAGGGUAAAUUUGGCAGGGAGUUGACGAUUAAAACAAUCUCGGCAUUCUCAUCGUAUAAUGCCUUAAUUUUAAUUUUGUUUUCCGAGUGUAUAUCCUAUACGUGCCUAGUGUUGGCUAUUCGUUUCAUUAUAGAAACACGAGUGCCUAGUGUUGGCUAUUCGUUUCAUUUUAGUAACACGAGUAUUGAUGAGGGUAUUGGUGGUUGUUCAUAUCUGUCCGUUGUGGUAGAUGAACAAUUUGUAGAGUUUUUAACAGGGAAAUUAAUUGUGAUUUUCUAUGUUUUGUUGGUAUUGAAAGUGUUUUUAACAGGGAAAUUAAUGCAGUACGAAAUUUGCAAUUAAAAGUUUA